CAUUUUGGUGGAGAAUCUUUGUUUUUAGUUUCUGAAAUUAAAUAUUAUUAUAGCAACAAAAACACAAUAAUGUAUUAAGAAUAAAGUUAGAUGCAAAGUUAGUGUUAUUUUCUUUUAUUUGCAGCAGUUUACAAUGCUUAUCGUGCAGUUGUUUUGGCAAUAAAAAUAUUUAAAGUUUUCGCACGAUUCGAGUGGGUUUUUGGCAAAAAUAUUGGAAAAUGAAGCCUGGAAAGAGUGUGGAUGUUAAAGAUGAGAUAGCAGAAGUGCAUACGUCUGCUCGUUCUCCGUCUCCAAUACAGAAAACAAAAAGAUCACGAAGUCGGUCUGGUUCGCGAAAAAUGUCAAACGGUCAUGCUGCACCUGAUGAAACUCCGGCCUCCGAGGAACCAGCAGGAGACAAAUCGAAACGAGACAGCUGGAUUAAAUCGGAACACGAAUCCCUCGACACUGAAUUACCGAUACAUGAUCAAAUAAAACAAGGAAUCCUGGGUUUUGUUGAAAAAGAAUUAAAAAAUUCGGACAAGAACCCAUCGUUUGUAUUCUACUCCCAUGAUCCUAAUCAUUUGGAUGAAAAGUUUAUGAAAACCUUGUCUAGACCUUCGAGUGGUCAUAAGGAAAAGCGGAGUCCUUCAUAUCGUAAGAAGAAACGGCAUUCCUCUAGACAUAGGGACCGAGACCUACAUGAUUUUGAUAUACCUGGGUCUAGUCUUAGUGCCUUGGAAAGGAUAUCAUCUUUUUCAUCGCAGGUGGACGACUACCUCAAAGAGUACAAAAAAGAUGAAGUAGUAACUCUUAGCGGUGAACUAGAGAUUGAGAUGAAUGAUGUUGAGAACAAUAAUGGUAUAUCUAAGGAGCUACGGAACAAAACUCGGAAGACUAGAAGGAAAAUCAGGGAUGAGAGACAAGAGAGCAGUGUCAACGGACGAGAUGUCAGCCCUAAAGUGUUUAAGAGUACGAAGAAUAAAACUGGGACGAAGCCAGUUCGCCCAACGGACUUGACAACCAUGUUGGAAUCUUUAGAGUCCAGUAUGCCUUACCAUGACCAGUACAUAGACAAUCCAUUCUCAUCACCAUCUCCGCUGACAUCACCUAAUGAUGAGAGACUGGAUCCGUUUGGUUCUCGUAGACCGGAGAAGAUAUACCUUCAGGGUGGAGGGACUUUCAGAGCGGUGUCCAGGGAUAGGAUAUUGGAGUCUCAGCAGUCUAGAGAUGGUGAUAAGUACUUGAGACUGGGCGACCUUACACCCCUAGAUGUGGCAUUAACCUUACAAAAAGCCUGGCGUUCUUCGGCUCCAGCUUGCCAUGGAGUGCUGGGAGGUCUGUCUUUGAUGCACCUGCUCCUCAUCAGUUAUUCCGAUGGGUUAGAUGCUGGACACCUCUCGUUUCACGCAGUGGUCACUAUGCCUUACGUCGCCACUUAUUAUUUCUUCUGUGUUCUGUGUCUACUGUCUGUCUUGGAUAGAUUGGAUGUAACAAGUCUAGACCUGACUAGAGGUCUACAACCAUACUUCCAGCCUAUAGUCCUGGUGAUGCUGUACACAGCCUGUCUGCUAGUCUGCACUGCAGCCAGGAUGUAUGAUGAGCUGAUGGUCUACCAGUACGCGCCACUAGUGAAUAAUAUUACUAGCAACAACGUCACCACGCCAACAAUACCAACUUUCUAUCAUACUUGGACGCAUUUUUCAAUAUGGCGCGCAGUCCUAUCAAUACUAGGUCUGGUCUACUUCAUCAUAUCGAACCCUCAAGAUCUAGUCUUCAGUAACCUAAGCAAGUUAUUGCAAUUCAAGCAUUCCCUUCAGAGCAUUGGAUGAUUCUUCUUGAGGCUUAGUGUAAGGUAUGUACUUAAGUUAAAGUCUUGCCAUGGAUUUAUAGAUAACACUAUUCACUAAAUAAAAGUUCUAUACCUUACUCACAUAACUGUUUGACGAGGUAACUUGACUUCCAUUCUAUGAGUCCCUGGUGGAGCUUGAAACUAGUUGAGGCACCUCGUCGAACAGUUAUGUGAAUAAACCGUAAAACGAAAUAAUGUUAUUCAUAAACAAUUGAACUUAUGUAAACCUACUUAGUCAUUUUAAUUUUUGGUGUCUGAUUUUUUAUUAAUUUAUCUUCAUUUUGAAGGUUAAGAUAAGUAAAUUUUUGCAUAUGAACUAAAAAUAUUUUUUUUUCUCACAAAAUGCACACAUGUCUGUGUUUUAAGUUAAGUUUUAAUGAAUAUUAAGUUAAUAUUGCUGGAAAAGAAGGAAUUUCAGUAUGAUUUUAUUUUCUGUUAAUAUGUAUAAUAGCAUAGAUAGCAGUAGUCGAAUUUAUGUCUUGAAUCUCAUUUUAGCACAAAUGUACUCGUACAAAACCAAAGAUACAUUUUGUAGCUAUAAAAGUAUAGAAAUACAAAAAUUAUGAUUUCCAACGCAAGUACAAUUUUUGUCUAGUCACAGUUGCAUUUAUUUAAAUGAUAUAUACGUAAGUACUAUAUUUUUACUUAAGCCAUAUGAGUAUUAAAUACACUAUCAAAAAGUGUUAUUUUAUUUAAGACAUAUUACUCACGCGCCACUCUUGUUAAUUUAAUAAAAAAAAUGUCUGAUAAGAUGCGAAAUGAAACUUUAUUUGUUAUAUAUUAUAUAAUAAUUUAUUUAUAUUAUUAUGUUAUAUAUUAUAGUGUCAACCAUUACAAUAAUUACAUGCCAAAUAUCCAAAAGAAAUAAACCUAUAUUUUUUUAAACCCAUUAUUCUUUAA